CUUGAACAUUUCUCAUCAACACGACCAACCACUUUGUCCAAGACAACAGACAUGGAAGCGCCCACCAAGCCGACAACCUCGUCGCUGUUCGAGGUCUACCUCCGUCUACGACCAUCAUUCGCCCCCAAUGCAGAGAGAUUCCUCGACGUCGACGCUGCCGCCGAGAAAGCUGCACCUACGCACAUCACGAUCCACCCUCCAGCACACGAUCAGCGCAGAAAGGCCGUAGAGACUUUCAAGUUCACAAGGGUGUUUGAAGAGGAGGCUACACAGCUGGACUUGUUCCAUGGCACUGGUCUGGGUUCCAUGAUGCAGGGUGUGCUGGGCGCCGAGGGUAGAGAGGGCCGCGACGGUCUCUUCGCUACUCUCGGUGUCACGGGCUCAGGCAAGAGUCACACCAUUCUGGGCUCCCGCUCGCAGCGUGGUUUGACCCAACUCGCCCUCGAUGUACUCUACCAGAACCUUGGAGACCAGCUCAUCUCAACAAGACGCGACCAUGUCGCACUCCAAUCACUCUUCGCGUCAGACGUCUCCGAAGCGCACAUGUCGGCUGCCAACCAAUACCUCGAGUCAAUCUACGGCGAUGCUCCGUCAGACACUCGCGCUCACUCGAGAGCACAAUCGAGAGCUGCCACUCCUCUCAUGGACGUUUCCUUCAUGUCGAACCCUCGUCCCUCCUCCGCCAUGGCCCCCAAGCGCCACAUGCCCCGAGUUUCUAGCAUGCCCCAGUUUCCUAUCGUUCAAGGCACCGACCUCGAUGUAGACCAGACGGCCGAAUUUGCCAUUGUCGUCAGCAUGUACGAAGUUUACAACGACCGCAUCUUUGAUCUUCUCGCAGGUUCAGCCGCAUACCAACCUUCCAAGACGGCCACAGCUAAACGUAGACACCUUCUUUACAAGAGCACUGAACAAAGCCCAGACCGCAAGGUUGUUGCUGGCUUGAGGAAGGUUGUUUGCGAGGACCUUGAUGAGGCGCUUCUGGUGCUAGAGACUGGCUUGACAGAACGUAGAGUCGCUGGUACAGGAAGCAAUGCUGUCAGCAGUAGAAGUCAUGGCUUUUUCUGUGUCGAAGUCAAGAAGAGACUAGCAGGAGCCGCCACAUCAAACUGGUCAAGUAGUGCUCUGACCAUUGUCGAUCUUGCUGGUUCCGAACGUGCUCGUGCCGCAAAAACAGCAGGCUCGACUCUCGCCGAGGCGGGCAAGAUCAACGAGUCUCUCAUGUAUCUUGGCCAAUGCAUGCAGAUGCAAAGCGACAAUGCCGAUCCUACCAAAUCAUCCAACAUUGUUCCCUUCCGCCAAUGCAAGCUGACCGAACUGCUCUUCUCAAACUCCUUCCCUUCAUCCUCAUCUUCUCACCACCUCGCCCGCUCGCCAAAGCCACCGCAAAAGGGCAUCAUGAUUGUCACAGCAGAUCCCCUUGGGGACUACAACGCCACCAGUCAGAUUCUUCGCUACUCUGCCUUGGCCAGAGAAGUCACCGUCCCCCGCGUACCUAGCUACACUAGCACAAUGAUCCCGCUCGCUCGUCCCGGCACUGCAGCAUCAGGUCGUCUCACCCCUUCCACUCCAGCCCCCAUGGACGCAGCGCUGGAAACCGCACUCGCUGAACUCGCACUCCUUCGUCAAGAUCUAGAGCUUACACAACUUCGACUCGAAGAAGAAACACAACGCCGCAAGGAAGCUGAAUCAUCAUGGCUGACCGCAGAACAACGUCUCGAGAACCUGGAACUGGAACUCCGCGAUGAGAUCUGGGAGGAAUUCGAAUCACAACUCGAAUCAGAACGUCGUCGCUACCACGCAGCCCGCGAAGCAGAACAAGAGCACGUGGAACAACAUCUCGACAAGAAGCUUGAAAUCCUCACCCGCGGCUUGGGAGAAGUUGAAGUUUGUGAAGAUGAAGAAGCUGAAGGCGAUGAAAAGAUCGCAGAGUUGGAAGAUGAGAAUCAGCGACUUAGAGAAAAGUUGCAGGCUUUUGAACGCGAGAAGGAAAAUCAGAGUCCGGUGAGGAAGAUGAGGGUGCUCAAGCCUAGGAAGUGGGAGGGUAAGGAGGAAUUCGGUGUUGGUUUGUUUGGUGGAAGUCCUUGAUCUUACCGACUGAGGCGAGGCAUUCGAGCACUUUGCUCUUCUUUUCGUAGUGUCAUGUUUUUUUUUGGUUUCUGUGCUCAUGUUAUGAGUAUGAUUUUGGCUGGAGUUUUUUCUGCGGAUUUUUGGUUGGAAGGAUAGAAUUGGGCUGUACUGUACUCAUGGAUGUUCUUCUC